AUGGUUGAUGUGUUUGUCGUGCCAGUUUUUCACCAUGGAGGUAGUUUUGUUAGAACGAGUGAUGGAACCCGUAUUUAUCAGAAUGGGAAGGUAGAGAAGUUUCCCGAAAUGGACCUGGAUUUUGUGAAUUUUGGGGACUUGAUCACACUAUUCAAAGGUUUGGGGUACCAAUCGUACAAUGCAGUUUAUUGGUAUGAUCCAACGAGUGCUGAUGUUGAGUCGGGACUGCACAUCUUGACGGGGGAUGCAGGUAUUAAUGCCAUGCAUGAGAACAAAAUGAAGAAUGCACAGACGAAUGAGUUUUACCUGUACUUUGACCACCCAGUUGAUGAGCAUGAGAUUGUGGAGGAUGGUGGAAACAAAAGUAAAGGUAAGAGUCCUAUGUUAGAAGAGGUUCAGAGUUCAUCUUCGGACGAUGGGUAUGAGAGUAUGGAGGAUGAGCCCUACAAACCUCCACCACCCGGAUUUGAAAGUGAGAGUGAUGAUAGUGCUGCUGACAGAGUAGGGAAGAGGAAGAGAGUUAGUAAGACAAAGGAAAACAUUGUAUCGCCAAGUAAGGCAUCUAGAAAGAAGCCAGCUGCAAAGAAGACAGGUCCUGUGCCAAGUCAGGAGUUUUGGACAAGGACCGAGUAUUCAAGGCCGGAUCCUCCCAUCAUAAAGAGACCAAUAGGCAGGCCAAAGGUGCACAACAGACAAAAGGAUCCAGCUGAGCCAAUGAUGCAGCAGGGUGAAAAGCUUAAGAGGUCAUUCAAGGAUGCUCCAUCUACUCAGGAUCACAGUAUACCUACUCAGCCACCCAUGCCUGAUGUCACCCCUGGUCAUUCUAACCCUGUGGCAGCAACAGCAGUAGCUCCCCAAGUCAAGCCAGGUCCAGUUACAAGAAGGACACACUUUAGGCCUCUACUCCAAGUUCCAUCCACAACCCACCAAAACGCUCAAGCAACUCAAUCAGAGAUGAGGCCCAAGCAAAGGAUAUUCAGGCCACCAGCUCCACUAAACCCCAGUCCACUCCCACCUCAAAGUCAGCCAAAUCCACCUGGCCCACAUCCUCCUCAAGUCAUCCUAGGACCAAAUGCAGCAGCUACCCAGGAGACAUUAGCACCAACAAGCACGACUACAACUGGCAUGUUCAAAUUCAUCCCUAACCCACCUUCUAUUGUGCCAAAGAAGUGA